GGGGCCAUGCAGAUUUUUCCUGACUGAUCGCCUAGGGACACAUCCAUCCUCCCCUUUCAGGAUGUUUAAAGGUGUAUGUCACAAGAAGGAAAUGCUGAAUCUACAUAUGGGCCAUGUUACAAAUGAGGGUGAAGUGUGAAAUAGUCUCCAGAAAAUAAGCAUGGGUUUUUCCUUCAGUUUCCCAAGAUGCAAACACAGCAGACUUUCAAGGAAUGCAAAUUAAUGAUUUGCUGAAGUAUGAGAUCAAGUAUCCGGAGAAAAUUAUUCAGCAAAGAGAAGUAAUCUGGUGUUUGAAAUGCUGAAAAGAAAACUCCGUCAGUGUCAGAGUCUUAGGCUUCUCCUUCUGGUGCUAAUUCUUUCUUUCUUAGUAUUUUCUGUUCUAAAAAUCAACCAGAAGCCAGACCACUUAAAUCGCAGACAUUUGUACCUGACUGGUGAAGACCCUGCCAGCCAUAUUAACUGCACCAAGAUACUGCAUGGUGAUACAGAGGAAAUUCAAAAAGUAAAGCUUGAGAUGUUAUCUGUGUCAUUUAAACAACGCCAUAAGUUGACAGCAAAUGAUUAUAUUAAUAUAACAACAGAUUGCACUUCUUUCAUCAGGAUGCGGAGGUAUAUUAUGGAACCCCUCAGCAAAGAAGAAGCUGAAUUUCCUAUUGCCUAUUCAAUUGUGGUUUAUCACAAAAUUGAUAUGUUUGAGAGACUUCUAAGGUCAAUCUAUACUCCUCAGAAUUACUACUGCAUUCAUGUGGACAAAAAGUCUCCAGAAUCUUAUCUGGCUGCAGUGAAGGGAAUUGCAUCAUGUUUUGAUAAUGUCUUUAUUGCCAGCCAAAUGGAAAGUGUGGUGUAUGCAUCAUGGAGCAGGGUACAAGCAGACCUUAACUGCAUGAAAGACCUCUACAGGAGGAAUACAAAAUGGAAAUAUUUGAUAAAUCUUUGUGGCAUGGACUUUCCCAUUAAAACCAAUGAGGAAAUUGUGGAGAAACUGAAAGCCUUAAAAGGUGAAAACAGUUUAGAAACUGAGAAAAUGCCUCCAAACAAAGAAGUACGAUGGAAAAAACAUUAUGAAAUUGUUGAUGGAAAGCUGAAAAACAUGGGUGUAGACAAAAAACUACCACCUCUUAGUACACCAAUUUUUUCUGGCAGUGCCUAUUUUGUUGUUAGUAGGAGAUUUGUAGAAUAUGUGUUAGAAAACAGCAAAAUCCUUAAAUUUAUUGAAUGGGCUAAAGAUACGUAUAGCCCUGAUGAAUACUUGUGGGCUACCAUUCAAAGAAUCCCAGAAGUUCCAGGUGCAGUUUCUUCCAGCAAUAAGUAUGAUGUUUCUGAUAUGAAUGCCCUUGCCAGAUUUGUGAAGUGGCAGUACUUUGAAGGGGAUGUAUUUAAUGGUGCUCCCUAUCCACCAUGCCAUGGAAUUCAUGUCCGUUCUGUGUGUGUGUUUGGGGUGGGAGAUUUGAAUGGGAUGUUGUGGAAACACCACUUCUUUGCUAACAAAUUUGAUACGGAUGUUGACCCUUUUGCGAUUCAGUGUUUAGAAGAAUAUUUGAGAGACAAAGCUCUGUAUCAACAUAAAAAUUAAAAUGGUACUUUGUGCUUGG